AUGCUAGGUGCUCCAGAUGAACUCAAUGAUAUCCCUUUCGAAUUUACAAGACAUCGAUACAAGCGCUUGAGAGACCAUUUCAAGGACGUGGUUGAGUGGAUGGUGCAUAAUAAACUUAAUCCCGCAUUCCCUCGUGACGACGUUGUCUAUCGCGUCGCCUUCAGCAAAGUAAAUGAUGAGGUAAUGGGUCUUGCAGGGUCGCAACUUAUUUCCUCCGCGUGGAACAGAGACUUCAGGAAAGCUCUUGAAGCCAGGCCGGGCCUCAAUGUCACUCUAUAUCCCAUUUCAAUGGGCCACUCAUGCGACGCUUGCAAUAAAACUAACCACCCCGCUUCGUUUGAUAUUAAACUUGAUGGAAAACCCUACUUGCUUGAGACACUGGAACCAAUAUCUGAUGACGAUGAGGAAGACGAUGAUGAGACUACUAUGGCGCACACACUCAUCCAUUGGCGCUACCACCUCAAAGAAUGGAUCGUCGACUACCUCCAACGCAAAGGUAUAUUUUCCGACGCGGAGAUCCUAGAACGCGAGCGCUGGAGCCAGAAACGACGUACGAAAUACGCCAACCAGGUGGUAGAUGAUAUGGAGGAAGUUGCGGAAAUCAAUCGGCUGUGGAGGGAUUUCAAUACAAAUUUGAAGACUGCGAGAGAGGCGAAGGAAUCUCGAUGGUGA